UCGAAUCAAAUCAAAAACCCUAAAAAAGCUUACCCAAUCAUUUUGGUAAUGCAGCAGAGUCAAUGUACCUGGACAUAAAUAGUGUGAUGCUCAGACAAUUUGCCUUCAAAUCCUCUCUUCUCCCAAUUUCGACUCAUUCCCGACGAAGCUGCCCGAAAACCCAUCGUUCUAUCGGAGCCACCAUGACCACAUUUUCGACUCAGGACGAGUCGACUCAGCAAACCCCGAAACCCGUCCUGGUGGCGAAGCGAUUAGAGAAGUUCAAGACUACGAUUUUCACGCAGAUGAGCAUAUUGGCUGGUAAACACGGAGCGAUCAAUUUAGGCCAAGGCUUCCCCAAUUUCGACGGUCCUGAUUUUGUUAAAGAAGCUGCGAUCCAAGCCAUUAAAGAUGGUAAAAAUCAGUAUGCGCGUGCAUACGGCCUCCCUGAGCUCAAUUCUGCAAUUGCUGCGCGGUUUCGGGUAGAUACAGGUCUAGUUGUUGAUCCUGAGAAAGAAGUCACAGUUACGUCUGGUUGCACUGAAGCCAUAGCUGCAGCUAUGUUGGGUAUAAUAAACCCUGGAGAUGAAGUCAUUCUCUUUGCUCCAUUUUACGAUUCCUAUGAAGCGACGCUCUCUAUGGCUGGUGCUAAAAUUAAAGGAAUCACUUUGCGCCCACCUGACUUCUCAAUCCCUUUGGAAGAGCUCAAAGCUGCGGUAACUAACAAGACCCGAGCCAUUCUCAUGAACACUCCACACAACCCAACGGGCAAGAUGUUUACUAGAGAGGAGCUCCAGACCAUUGCAUCCCUCUGCAUUGAAAAUGAUGUGCUUGUGUUCUCAGAUGAAGUGUACGAUAAGCUUGCGUUUGAAAUGGAUCACAUUUCCAUAGCUUCUCUUCCCGGUAUGUACGAAAGAACUGUGACCAUGAAUUCCUUGGGAAAGACUUUCUCUUUAACCGGAUGGAAGAUCGGCUGGGCGAUUGCACCGCCUCAUCUGACUUGGGGAGUUAGGCAAGCACACUCUUACCUCACGUUCGCUACAUCAACACCAGCGCAGUGGGCAGCCAUUGCAGCUCUCAACGCACCAGCGUCGUAUUACAAAGAGCUGAAAAGAGAUUAUGCGGCGAAAAAGGAGAUUCUGGUUAAGGGUUUGAAAGAGGUCGGGUUCACAGUGUUCCCGUCAAGCGGGACUUACUUUGUGACUGCAGAUCACACGCCAUUUGGAUUGGAGAACGAUAUCGCCUUCUGUGAGUAUCUGAUUGAAGAAGUUGGAGUCGUUGCCAUCCCCACCAGUGUCUUUUAUCUGAAUCCAGAAGAAGGGAAGAACUUGGUUAGGUUUGCGUUCUGUAAAGACGAAGAGACGUUGCUUGGUGCAAUCGAAAGGAUGAAGCAGAAGCUAAAGAAAAAAGUCUGAAAUCUGAAUUAGAAAAAUCCUUUAUUUUCAAUGUUGUUGUGUGACUUGUGCUCGUUCUUCUUCGGUUCCAUUUCAGGAGAGACUUUGAUUCAGCAAAGCAAAAUAUUAAUAAAGAAAAGUUCACGUUAUUAAAUGCA